UUUUAUUUUGAAAAUGUCCGAAAUUCCAUGACCUGGAAAUACUUUUGAAGUGUCGCUGAAACCCACGUGUGGAGGAAGACAAGUUUGCAGUCGUUUGCAUAAACACGUAGUUCGCUUCCAAAUUUUCUUCAAGGAGGGCUUUGAAUUGGUUGACUUUAGAAUGAAUAUUCCCAUUAACUACGACGACGAACCUGCCCCCACAAAAGUUCAUGCCACAACCAUGUCCUCGUAUACCUGCAUCAGCUGUCGUGUGGCCUUCGCAGAUGGUGAGGUCCAGCGUGCCCACUACAAAACCGACUGGCACCGUUACAACCUGAAACGCAAAGUUGCCGACAUGCCCCCUGUGACUGCAGAGAAUUUCCAGGAGCGUGUGCUGGCGCAACGGGCCGCCACCGAACAACAGGUGACUGGCGCCACUGUCAGCGAGGGCUGCACCACGUGCAACAAGAAGUUUUCCAGCUCCAAUGCCUACCAGAACCACCUGCAGUCCCACAAGCACCAGCAGGCAGAGAAGCAGGCCUUGCUGGCAGCCCAGAAGAAAGUGGAGAUGAUGAAUGAGAAAAACCUGGAGAAGGGCCUUGGGGACGACGGCAAGGUGGACCACAAUGCCAAGAACGAAGCGCUACAGCAGGCCCUAAAGCCGCCGCAACGGCCCAAUCCGGAAAAGGCCCAGGCUUCAGGAGUGGAGAGGCCAGCAGCGGAUAAGGCCAAGCCGGAGAAACCGCCCAGGCUGCAAUGGUUUGAGGGGCAAGCAAAGAAGAUGGAGGGAGAGGAAUUGGCCACAGCUGAGGAAGAAGAGUGGGAGGAUGUGGAUGGCGACAAUGACAUGGAUGAUGAUGACUUCGAGGAAGAUGCUGACGAAACCAUGGAGCACGAGGAAGGGGAUGGUGCUGCUUCGGCUUCCCCCCACCACGCCGUUCUACCAGGGGCCAUCCCCCCCACGGACUGUUUGUUCUGCCCCCACCACUCUCACUCACUCCUCAAAAACCUGGCUCACAUGACAAAAGUGCACAGCUUCUUCCUGCCCGACCUGGAAUUUCUAAUCAACCUCAAGGGACUAAUUUGCUACCUGGGAGAGAAAGUGGGCGCUGGUAAGGUGUGUCUGUGGUGUAACGAGAAAGGUCGCUCCUUUUACUCCACUGAGGCAGUACAGGGCCACAUGACUGACAAAAGCCACUGCAAGCUCUUCACCGACGGAGAUGCAUCGCUGGAGUUUGCCGACUUCUACGACUUCAGGACAAGUUAUCCUGACCAGAAAGAGGGAGAUGAUGUUGAGAUGGAGGAUGAAGAGUUGCCGGACGGGAAGAACAUAGACUACGAUGAUGAUACGCUGGAGCUCACCCUUCCCUCAGGUGCUAAGAUUGGCCACCGCUCUCUGAUGCGAUACUACAAGCAGCGUUUCGGCGCACCCAGGACUGUGGCGUUGGCCCACAACAGGAACGCAGUGGGUCGGGUACUCAGGCAGUACAAGGCCCUGGGCUGGGGUGGAGACAUGGGUAAAAACUCUUUCCAUCAGAACCAGAAGGACAUGAAGUUUGUCCAGAAGAUGAAGUCAAGGUGGAUGCUGAAGAUAGGCAUGGGCAACAACUCUAACAAACAGACCCACUUCAGGCUCCAAGUCAUGUUCUAGUCCCUUGACAGAAAAUACAGCGUUAGAUCCCCAUAUACCUGACUCUCAUAUCAUUGGACAGUCCCUAAACCUUUUACGGCUAAUGUCUUGCAUCGUUCAAAGAUGUCUAUUGUAAACAUUCAGCACUCGUUAUAUCUGCUGCAUAUUGCAAAGGACUUCACCAUGACAUAAUUUUCAGAGCCGUUAAUAUUUACUGGAUAUGUCAUAUUCUAUUCAUGAUCCGAGGUCCUAUACAAAAUACUGAGUUACUGUUUUGUAUUUUGACAAAUGGCUGUAUAUUUCACAUCAUGAAAUUCUGACUUGGAUAAUUUGUCUUAAUUCAUGCUGUCAUUCCAGCAAGUAAUUGUUUAUAAAAUACAAUUGAGGUUGAGUAAUAAACAUUAAGGAAUCGUUAUGUUUCACAUUUGACAAAUUUAACUGAUUCCAUUGGUAAAUAUGACAAUUUUAUGCCCAUUUGGUUAUUGAGUUUAUGGGUAUUUAUUUGUGCAAAGCACAAAUAGAGGGAUCAGUCACUUUGGACAGGUUUUUGCCAGCAAAAUUAAUCAAACAUAUUGUUGCAAAUUCAGGAGGAAGCCAUGACCGUGAUUAUAACCCAGGUCCAGUGACUGUCAAGCCAACCCCUUAACUGUUACGACAGGAGGUCUCAAACUCUUAACACCUAGCUACCUUGUUAAGGUCGCUACAACGUUUUUAGAAGUCAAAGGUAUAUUUCCCCAAAAUUUGAAAAUAUAAUUUGCUUCCUGAACUUGCAGUCUAAGGACAAUGAGAAACUGCAAUCCACACUGGUUGUGUUUAAUACACAGAGCAAAAAUAGAAAAGCAAUGUACAGUGUUGGUGCUGAAAUAAAAGAUCCCAGAAAUGUUCCAUAUACAAAAAAAAUGUAUUUCUCAAAUGUUGUGCACAAAUUUGUUUAUAUCCCUGUUGGUGAUGAGUUGUUGCCGCCUCAAGUCAUUUUAGAGAAUUUGGCAGUACAUCCACGGAGACGUGCUGAUGUCAAUGUUGUGAACAGAGUGCCCCAUGUUGGCGGUCAGAUUUUGGUAUGAGCAGGCAUAAGCUACAGACAGCGAACACAGUUAUAUUUUAGCAUUGGCAAUUUCAAUGUAAAGAUACCGUGACACGAUCCUGUGCCAUCACCUCAUGUUUCAGCAUAAUGCAUGGCACAAAGGAUCUGUACACAAUUGGAAGCUGAAAAUGUAACUCAGUGAAAUCUUUUGAAAUAGUUUCCUGUUAAGUUUUAUAUUUGUGUUCAGUGUAUAAUGUUAUUCCAAUGCCCUAGAAAAUAAAGGCUAAUUUCCUUGAA